AUGGUGGCAGAAGCUUGGAUUGUGAAGAUGGGAAACCAGGUAAGUAGCAAUCUUAAGCACGCACUACUUCUUGAAUCUUACAAGAAAAAGAACAGCCACAGCCACCACCACCCAAGAAAUAAACAAGAUUCCAAAGACAAACAAAUUAUUGGCAUCUUGUCUUUUGAGGUUGCUAAUGUUUUGUCUAAAACGGUACACCUCCAUAAAUCCCUCACUGAUUCUGAGAUCUCAAAGCUUAAAAUUGAGAUCUUGAAAUCCGAGGGAGUUAAAAACUUGGUGUCUACCGAUGAAAGUUACCUCCUUCAACUUGCUUUAGCUGAGAAACUCGAUGACUUGAACAGGGUAGCUAAUGUUGUUUCUCGGCUAGGAAAGAAGUGUGUUGAGCCUGCUUUGCAGGGUUUUGAGCAUGUUUAUGGGGAUAUUGUUAGUGGGGUUAUUGAUGUGAAGGAAUUGGGGUUUUUGGUUAAGGAUAUGGAGGGUAUGGUUAAGAAGAUGGAGAGGUAUGUGAAUGCAACCUCUAAUUUGUAUUGUGAACUGGAGGUUUUGAAUGAGUUGGAGCAGGCUACCAAGAAAUUUCAGCAGAAUCAACACGAGGAGAGUCGAAGGGCAUUUGAGCAGAAACUUAUUUGGCAGAAGCAGGAUGUGAGGCAUCUUAAGGAGAUUUCUCUUUGGAACCAGACUUGUGAUAAGGUUGUUGAAUUGCUGGCUAGGACUGUGUGUACUAUUUAUGCGAGGAUUUCUGUUGUUUUUGGGGAAUCUAUGUUGCAAAAGAAGGGCCCUGGGGCUGUUGAAGGGCUUAGUUCCUCCCAUCCUAUGAAGGAUGAGUGCGGGGAGGUUUCAGGUCAUAUUGGUGAUUGUCAUGGUUCGCGAAGGGUGUCAGGGCCACUGAGGCGGGCUGUUAGCGGGAGAAGGAGCAACGGGUGUCAAUCGGGACCAAUUGAGAGAGCCAUAUUGGAGAGGAGGGAGACACUUAUUAAGCCCCGGAUUGCUUCACGGAAAGGUGAAGUUGAUCUAUUAUUUCGUACUGAAGACAUUGUGUUUCCAUGUGGGACUAGUCCUGGAAGGCUAUUUCUGGAUUGCCUUAGUUUAAGCAGUUCAGCUUCAAAGUUUGAUGAUGAUGAUGACAGUUGUGUGGUUGUAGCUGAGGACCAGAGGAGCCAAAUUUCCCGUUGUUAUAGUGUUGGCAAUGGUAGUUUGAAGAGAGAGCAGCCCAGCCCUUCAGGCUGUUCCAUUCAGGGUGUCUCUUUCAGUGGAGAUCAAAGACAAGUCAGGUGUGGUGGGGUGAAUAAUGCACGGUUUGGCCCCAAAAGCAGGCUAAUGGUGUAUGCUCCUCCUUCGACUAUUGGAGGAUCUGCUUUGGCCUUGCAUUACGCAAAUGUCAUAAUUGUUAUAGAGAAGCUGCUUCGCUAUCCCCAUUUAGUGGGUGAGGAAGCAAGGGAUGACUUGUAUCAGAUGUUACCGACAAGCCUAAGAAUGUCUCUGAGGACUAACCUCAAGUCCUAUGUGAAGAAUCUUGCUAUAUAUGAUGCUCCACUUGCCCUUGAUUGGAAGGAAACUCUUGAUGGGAUACUGAGGUGGCUUGCUCCCCUUGCGCAUAACAUGAUCAGGUGGCAAAGUGAGCGUAAUUUUGAGCAGCACCAAAUUGUCAAGCGGACAAAUGUUCUUCUGCUUCAGACAUUGUAUUUUGCUGACAGGGGAAAGACGGAGGCAGCUAUUUGUGAUCUUCUUGUUGGGUUGAAUUACAUAUGUCGUUAUGAACAUCAGCAGAAUGCAUUGUUGGAUUGUGCAAGUAGUUUUGAUUUCGAAGACUGCAUGCAAUGGCAGUUGCAGUGCCGAGGUUCUUUCGUUGAUUAG